UCCGUCUAUGGAAAUUUUUUUGCUAAUUAUAAUAUUCAAAAUUUCAGCCAUAAUCAGGAACAAUCUGGUUGUUAUUGAAGGCAGACAAUUAGGGAUUUUUGAUUGGCUUAAAGAGAACGUAAAGCAAUUUGCUUUGGGAAUUUCAGAAUUUUCAAUCAUGUCGGGAGCAUUUUUUCUCUUCAACGAAAUUGGUUUAGAAAAAUAUAUUGCUACGAAUUCUUCUGCUCCUUACCCUGUUUAUUUACAUUUCCUUGGUCAAAGAUUUUAUUCUAAAAUGCCGAGCAAGUUUUUCUUCAAAUUAUAA